AACGGUGUCACUCACCUGGAUCACCUUUACCUGUUUACCUGCGGAAACACGGAGCCUAAAUAUUUACCUCAGGAUAAAAUUAUUCAUCUUAUCUUAACAUUAUUUUUUAUUUGAGCUAAUAUACAAACAUAUAUUUAUUUAUAUAUAUUUAUUUAUAUAUUAUAUAUUGGGACUAUAUGAUGGAGCAGCCGGUUCUGGGCGGUUUGGGUCGGUGCUCGUGCGCCUUCUGGCUGGCGGUGGCGUUUGACGCGUGCGGCCUCGUCGUGCUUCUCGCAGGUGUUUUCGCCGACAUCUUCUUCUACGACUUCCUCAUCUACGCGGGCGCCAUCGUCAUCUUCCUCAGCCUGAUUUGGUGGGUUUUCUGGUACACGGGGAACAUCGAGGUGCCACCGGAGGAGCUCGAGGACGACGUGGGUCUGCAGAAGAAGAAAGAAAAAGGUCUCACGGGGGUCCUCAGGAGGUUCUCCAGCCGAAUCAGGAGCUCUGUGAGGACCAACAGGACCAUCAGGUCUGCUCAGGCUUCGAGGAGCCAACAUGGCAGCCAGGGGACUGUAGCGGUCAACCUGCCUAUGACGUCACAACCCCAACACCUGAGCACUGUUUCAGCUGCUGUGGCUACAGAAACUUCACCCAUAUGAGCCUUAAAUCACAGCGACCUAAAAAGGAAGAAGAACCUCAAAGUGGAGCAGAAGAAGUCACUGAAUUGCUGUACACUUAAUCUUUUCUAUUUUUUCCUGGUUAAAUGUUUUUUACUUAAUGAUAACGAUGCUGAUGAUUCGAUUGUUGCCUAAAUGUCUCGUCACUGACGUUUCCCACACCGUUGAUCAGGUCUCUGUGAUUCUCGGGCAUUAUUCUAACCUGACUUAUGGCCGACUGUGUAGCUGAAGUCAUCAAACAUGCUGUAACGCUCCUGUGAAGCAGGCUGAGGAAUAAACAGGUGUAUUUUUGUA